AUGAACACACUCCCCGUUGAAAUCUUUAUCGAGAUUCUUAGCCACCUUCCCCCCGCAUCAUUCAAGUCCGCGCGCCUCACCUCGCGCCAGUUCAACGCCGUCCUCGCGCAGCCCACCUUUUGCACGCUGCGCGGCUUCCUCGACGACGCCGACGCCGCCAUGGUCACUCUACUCCAGACGCUGCACGACCUCCCCGGCCGCCCGCGCGCCAUGUGGUCGCCGCACUGCAGCGUGCCCGCCGGCCUGCCGCUGCCGCCCAGCUUCUUGCGGGCCGUGUACGCGGCGUUGGGCGGGGCAGCGGGGCCGAGGAUGAAGAGGAGGAAAAGGAGGAGGAGCGGCGGCAGUGGACGGCGGCUUGAGCUGACGGAUUCGUCCGACGAGGGUAGCUCGGAUGAAUGGGAUAUGACGAGUCCAAGCAUUCUGGAGGGACAGGAGCAAGGGGAAGAAGAAGAGGAGGAGGAGGAGGAAGAGGAGGUGAGCACGGCAGUGGUGCUGCAAAGGCUGGGACGGCCAGAGGUCAACGAGGAUACGCUGCGGCAGGCGCUGUUUCGCUAUGCGUUGCACAAGAGUUAUGUAUACGACGGCGAGGGCGAGGCGCCGCAGCUAUGGGUCAUGAACUCGACAAAGUGGAAGUAUCAGCUUUGA